GACACUAACAAUGGACACUCAGAAAAACGUUCAGCCCCCAAAGCAGCAGCCAGUGAUAUAUAUUUGUGGAGAGUGUCACACAGAAAAUGAAAUAAAGUCCAGGGAUCCAAUGAGAUGCAGAGAAUGUGGAUACAGAAUAAUGUACAAGAGGACUAAAAGAUUGGUGGUCUUUGAUGCUCGAUGAAAAGUGGGAAUUCAG